AUGGCUCCAGCUGCGACCCAGGCUGUUUCCUUCAACGCCAUUAUUCAAACCAGUCGCCAGAAGAAGAAGAACGAAGACCUCGCGAACCAAAUUCUGGGUAAGAAUAGGAGGGCCAGCGCGCCCGGCUCGGGGGCUGGAAAGGCGCAGAAUGCGACACCUGGUGGAAGUCUUGCGAGCCGAAUUGGUGUGACAAAGCGUUCCGCAUCCGUUAACCUCAACUCCAAGACGGGGAGCAGAGCCUCCUCCACCGCGGCCGCCGCGCGUGGACGAAACACAACAGCGGGCACAAAGCCAACGCGCCGACGUCGUCCCGACGAGGAUCGCCUCGCGUCAGCGAUCAAUUCCGCGAAUGGUCAGGCUACAGUACGCAACGCCGGAGGGCUGAACAUCAAGGGAGCUAGCUCAAGCCCUCCUGUUGUCAUCGGGAGCAAUUUUGCUCCCGGGACAACUGCCGCUGAUAUACAGUCGGCCAUUGAGCCCGUCUCCGGAAAGAUCAUGAGCUGUUGGGUUACAUCGCAAAAUCCAACGGUGACGGCGGAGAUCACUUUCGCCGAAACAUCGUCAGCUGAGAAGGCUGUAGCCAACUUUCACAACCAAAGAGCCGAUGGUCGGAUCCUUUCAUUCCACUUUGCCAACCGUGAUGCAUUUGGUCGUCCGAUAUCAACGGUGUCUUCCUUCGAUAACCAACGAGAACAGGCAGAUCGGAACCGGCGAGCGCAACGGACGGCGGACCCUGCUCUGCAAGAUGGCAGAUAUGGAUUCAACGAGCAGGACAACCAGCCCGUCGACCCCAGGGAUUUCAGGUACAACGGCCGGGGCAGCGGCCGGAGAGGUGACAGGGGCAGGAGGAACUUUGGCAGAAGCGACCGGGGCGCGAACCAGGGAGCUCAAGCAAAUGGGCUCUACAGCGACGAGAUGAUGACGGACGCUCCUCCGCAGGGCCCCAGGAACAGAGGUAACCGGCGACAGUGA